GCAUCCGAUAGCAAGAAGCUGCAGCACCCGGCGGAAGGAGGAAGCAGACACACGGUAGCGGAGCUCCCCAGAGGGACGCGCAUCGCCAGGCCGGCAUCACUUUGACCGAGAUGAUCGGGCCACUCGGAAAACGGACCCUCUCCGCGCUCCUGCUGAUCAUCUCCUUUCAGAGGAAGGUUGAAACAAGUUAUUCACUUGCAACCCCAGCACCAGUACCUCAUACCAAUGGAGAUAAGUUACCUUUGGUGGAGAUGUUUCUUCUUUUAGGACAAAAUGCAGUUGAAAAGUUGAACAUAACAAUGGCCACAAAAAUUAGGCUGACCUGCAAUUUGACAGUUCAAGCUGCACAGAAAUCUCCAACAACUGGCCAUUGGGCAAAAGAUGGCGAGGAGAUCAUUAAAAAGGAAAUUGAGUCUGACCAGAAAGCUGCUUCUAUAUCCCACGAGUUUGAUUUUCAGAAUGCCAGUGAUGCUGGGAACUAUUCUUGUAUCUUUGACACAGCCCCCGAAUUGGAAGGCAGGUUUGAAGUACAAAUUCCCCCUAUCUGGACCAAAAAGAAAAGUGUGAUGUGCUCAAAUCACGAUCAAGUUAAUUUAACUUGUGAAAGUGGUCAAUAUGCUCCACUCAAAUGGAUUUGGUUGAAGGAAGUCCAUGACAGCAAAGAGAAACUGAUGAAUGAGACAGAUGAAUAUUAUAUCCACAGUAAUGGCAAUAAAUCAAUGCUUUCAAUAAAAAGUGCCAUCGUGGAUAAUACUACUUUCUACCACUGUGAAGCUGUCUACUCAGUGGGGGUCAGUACAUUGCAGAUCUACCUGAAAGUUCACGACCUCACUGCUGCACUUAUCCCGUUUCUGUGUAUCGUUGCUGAGGUAAUUGUGUUAGUCGUCUUCAUACUUGCUUGUGAAAGAAGGAUGAAGCAGAAGGAAGAACCUGCUGAUAACAACACUUCAAACAACCACACCACAGAAGAGCUGCUUGAAUCCACUGAAAAUGGAGCCCGGCAUAGAAAGACUUAACUUAUUUCCUUGCAA